AUGAAGGCGUCAGCCGUACCUUUGGCCCUACAAUGGGCGGCAUUGUUUGUGCCAUUCGUCAAUGGAGCUGCGGUUCCUGGAUUCCAACCCGAAAUGUUCAAACGCCAGCUGCCUAAGCCGCCAAAGGGGGUCCAGGAGAUCUGGUCGCCGGAUGGUGCGCGUAUCAGAUAUAAAGAACCUGGAAAAGAAGGGGUGUGCGAAACAACCCCAGGCGUCAAUUCGUACUCUGGGUAUGUCGACCUCGGGCACGAUUCGCACACAUUCUUCUGGUUCUUUGAAGCGAGACACGAUCCCGCAAAUAAGCCCAUCACCCUUUGGCUCAAUGGCGGGCCUGGAAGUGAUUCUAUGAUUGGUCUCUUUCAAGAGCUUGGCCCGUGCAAUAUCACUGAGGAUCUAAAGUCUAAGGUUAAUCCGUACUCAUGGUCGGAAGUGUCCAAUCUUCUUUUCCUUAGUCAACCUGUUGGUGUUGGGUUCUCGUAUAGCACUAAACAAGUCGGCUCGAUGAACCGUUUAACCGAAGAUAUUGAUCCACCUAGUGUGAAUGGAACGACUGGUCGAUGGCCAGCAAUCGUCCCCUCUAAAGUUGAAACAAGUCUUGAAGCUGCCAAAGCAUCAUGGAAUGUACUUCAAGCCUUCUAUAAAGUCUUGCCUCGCCUUGAUAGUAAAAUCAAGUCAAAGAGCUUUAACCUUUGGACAGAGAGUUAUGGAGGACACUAUGGGCCGAGCUUUUUCAAAUACUUCGAAGAACAGAACAAGAAGAUUGCUAGUGGUAAAUCCCACGGAGUCCAACUAGAUUUCAAUACUCUUGGUAUUAUAAACGGUCUUGUCGAUUUAUCUGUUCAGGCUCCCCAAUAUAUCGAAUUUGCCGAAAAGAAUACGUACGGGAUUCACCCGCUUAACCAAACUGUUAUCAAUUACAUGAAAAUGGCCAACUCUAUGCCCUCCGGGUGCCAAGACCAACUGGCAGCAUGUAAACAAUUGAACCGAACAUCUCUUGUGCCAUAUAGUAUUUGCAGCGAGGCUCACUAUAUGUGUCGGGACAAUGUUGAGGGCUUAUGGUAUGCUUUCACUGAUCGAGGAGUCUACGAUAUCCGCCAUCCGCGAGACGAUCCAACUCCCCCUGAGUAUUACAGAGACUAUCUCAACAAGGCCGAUGUCCAGAAUGCCAUUGGUGUUGACUUCAAUUAUACAAGAUCUUACAACCCCCAGGUUUACGCUGCCUUUAGUCGUACUGGUGAUUGGGGAUUCCCCGAUUUCAUGAAGGACUUGGAAGAGAUUUUGGAAAUGCCCGUGCGUGUCACUUUGAUGUAUGGCGAUGCCGACUACAUUUGCAACUGGUUCGGCGGGGAGGCAGUGUCUCUUGCUAUGAACUAUACGCACGCAGACAAAUUCAGAAAGGCCGGCUAUGCUCCAUUCCUCGUCGACGGUGCGGAAUACGGCUCUAUUAGGGAGUAUGGCAAUUUCUCGUUUGCCAGAAUAUAUGAGGCUGGGCACGAAGUUCCCUAUUAUCAACCACUGGCAUCUCUCCAAUACUUCAACCGCACGUUGAAUGGAUGGGACCUAGCAACCGGAAAAACUAAAAUCACUGCGGGCUAUGGCACCACCGGCCCUAACAAGUCCACACACACGCAGUCGUAUGUUCCCUUGCCCUCUAGCACCGGUAAAUGA